AUGUCCAUACUGCUGCUGCACACACCAGCCUGUGCGCCUGAUGCAGGGUUCACCGACCUCCCAAGGCCUAAGAGCCCUCAGCACCCCGGUGUUGAUCAGCUGGACGGUCUGAUACACUGUCAGGAAGCCGGGACGUGUGAACACUGCUGUCGCAAGAAACGACGGACGUCGUUCGAUGCCUAUCCCAUCCAGCCAUAUCCUCAAAUUGUUACUCGCCGCUUUCCAGACAAAACAGGCUACGCGCGCUUUGUCGCACUCGUUUUACAUUUCUCAUGUUGCGCCCGGCAACGGAGGAGAUAUCAACUAACAACUCGAUACCGCUAUCACAAACAGAAGAAACCCUUCUCUGCUAUCUCGGUCCAUGUCGAGCAAUUGACCUCUGAGGUCUACGACGAAGAUGACCUCGCCGGCGUCCCCGACCUCCUCGAAGUAGUCAAGCUCCAAGGCACUGGCCCCCAGGAAGUGGCUCGAGCCUUGAGGAAGAAACUGAAAUACGGCAAUGUCCACCGGCAGCUGCGCGCUCUCACAAUCCUUGACGGUAUCCUGCAGAAUGGUGGAACUAGAGUACAACGCGCACUGCUGUCCGACGGGCCUCUCCUGGAGCGUCUGCGGAUAGCGGCUGCCGACCCAACUUCGGAUCAAGAGGUCCGGAAGAAGUGCAAAGACCUUUUUGGCCAAUGGGUUGCCAGCGCCAAAUUCAAUCCUGGCUUGGAAGGCGCCAAGUCUCUCUACAAUCAACUCCCCAAGACGCACAAACCGGUACAGCAACGGCGCGAGCAGAGCCGUGUCCUCCGAGAAACGGAAGAGGAGGUUGCCAGAGAACAGGAGUUGAUGAUAGCCAGGGCUCGGUCUGAUAGCAAUGAGAGACCCGGUCUGUCGCCCAGUCCCACGACGCUACGCAAGCAACCGUCUCCAGUGGCCCUUGGCGAGUCCUCGACGUUUUCGCCCAAAAAGGUGAAAAAAGACAAAAAGGCCAAGAACAAGGGAGUUAUAGCCUUCAACUUGGAGAGGGAGAAGCCCAAUAUUCUACAGUCUAUUGCAGCGUCCUCGGUAGCCUCCACCAACCUCAAUAAUGCCCUAAGGUUAGUCAACCGAGAGUCUGAGCGAGUGUCGAACAAUCCCGAGGUGAUGAAACGUUUUGAAACAUGCAAACAGCUUCGACGGCAAAUUCUGCGAUAUAUCCAGUUCGUGGAAACCGAGGAGUUCUUAGGCGGGUUGAUCCACGCCAAUGAAGAGCUAGUCAAUGCUCUUAUGGCCUUUGAAGUGCUGGACAAAUCGGUGGACGACGAUUCGGACAGCGAGCUUGAAGAGGCACAACAUCUCAGUCGAAUCGCAGCGAAGAGUGAAGCGUCUGCCACCAAAGACGCGGAGAAAUUAGUCGCCGGACUGAGCAUCUCUGGCCCACCAAAACCUCCUCGACCAGCGCCGCAGAGCAUAGCGAUGCCGCCGCCACGACCAGCACCAAAUUCAAAGAACUGGCGGGCAAAGCAGAUUGAAAGCGACGUUGAGAGCGAUACGGACAUCGACGAAGACUCCGACGACCCUUUUGCGGAUAAAAACGCCAUGAAGACGCCUGAUCCCGAAGCGUUGGGCAGGAAAGGGUAUUCUUGGAAGGAAGUAUAG